GUCUAUAUAAGUCAGAGUGUACAAUCCCACACCCAGUCCUCCUGCUGCUCUGCAUAAACUACUCUGGAGCAUCAAGAACCAUGGCGCCCAGAAUCUUUGCUGCCAUCUUCAUUUUUGAACUCCUGUUUUCAGGCUCAGAAGGACUCACAGAUACUGGGCUGUGGAUGUGCCAUCCAGCACCCAGGUGUGAGGGCGAGAUCUACAACCCCUUGGAGCAGUGCUGUGAUGAGGGCACCAUCCUGUCCUUGAACCACACCCGCCUCUGUGGCCCCGACUGCACCUUCUGGCCCUGCUUCCAGCACUGCUGCCUUGAGUCCCUAGGCCCCCAGAAUUGGCAGGCUGUUGUCAGGUUUAAGGUCCCAGGCACAAAGUCCAGCUGCAUUGAUGCCCCCCUCAGCAGGAUCUGUGGCCAGGCUUUCCUGGAGAAGCACAAACUGACUUCUGACUGACAAUGACGUCCCGCCUCCAUGUCACUGGGACACAACAGGUUCGGUUCAGGAGGCUAACAAUAGGCCCCAUGGCUGCCAAAUCUGAGCCAGCCAGUAAUCCUCCCUUCAGGAAGAAACAGGGAUAUUCAUCUGCUCAUCCGUCCUUCUGUACAGUGAACAAGCUGCCAAUUCUUGGUUACUUUUUUAGAGACUUGUCUUGUUCAAGGCUCUGAAGGCCACCAGCGCUGUAGUUCUGUUUCUUCCCACCCCAAGGACCUUGCUAACGCUAACGCUUCCUGACAUUGACCCCUUUCCCUUAACCAUUUUCCCCACCAGCCUUGCAAUGUAUAGCUAACGUCCUCUGACACAGAACGAUUAUGGAGUGUAUAGUUUAAACGAGCCUUUUCAAGAGGAAUUACCCCUUCUUGGUUUGCAAACUGAUUAAAUAAUACCUGUGUUCAAAU